UUAGUUUGCAAAAAUUUAAAAAAAAAAACUUCGAAAAGGGAAAAACAAACCAAAACGAAACAAAGAUGCUCAAAGAUGGAGUGUAAAUGUAUUGGGUGAAAUUUGUCACGAUAGGCAAACAUGAAGAAGCAGCUGUUUUGUUUUUUUUUUGCUUUUUACUACAGAACAAAGAGCGGAAGGAAAAUAAAUCAAGCGCCUCAGUCAACUAUAUGGCGUCUCAGUCGCGCAAAUUAGUGCUAGGGUUUGUCGUCGUCGCCGUACUGACACUGCGAGUGGAAGGAAAAUUGUUCAGUGUCAACAAUUCUCAAAUCGGCAACAAACGUACCAUCAGUGACAUCCAAUUUGACGGGACGAUGGGUAAGAUUCAAGACUGUAUCGAUAACUUGAAAGACCCUGGGGACGAGUGUGUCAUUCAGCCUGGCAGCUACCACGAAAAGGUGACCAUUACUAACAAGUACGGAAGCAAAGAGUCUCCGAUCGUGAUUCGAGGUGAUCCGAACGCUUUGACGAAGCUAGACGGUACCGUGCCUCUGCGGCCCGCGGAAUGGGAGAGAAUGAACAACGGGGCUUAUAAGGCGUUCAUACAUUAUGACAUCACCCAGCUUUUCAUAGACGACGAAAUGAUGACUAAUGCACGCUGGCCGAAUUCUUUGUGGUCUGACAAAACAAUAUUUGACAGCCAGUUCUGGGCUAAGUCCGCUAAGAAUUCUACGCGCGGGCUUAUGAUAGACGGAGGCAAGCAUAAGCUGGCCGACAGCGGUUUCAACGUAACUGGGGCGAUGGCCGUGCUGAAUGUUGGAAGUUUCUGCACUUUUACGAGAAAAGUACUAAACCACGGAAAAGGAAAAGACAGGUUUACCUAUAGAGAUGACUUUGGAGACAAUUUGAACUUUAAACCGAAGAACAAUCAAUACUUCUUGGAAAGUAAACUAGAGUUCCUUGACAAUCCGGGUGAGUGGUUCUAUGAGAAGAAAAAUGGCAUUGGAACCUUAUAUGUCAUGACUAUGGAUGGAAAAUCUCCCGAGGGCCGAAACGUUAGAGGAAAGGUUCAGGAAGUCGCUUUCAACAUCACAAGUUCUGCGUACGUCGUAUUCAAAGAUCUGACCUUUUUUGCGACAACAUUACAAGCGCGGUCCUCCAACCAGCUAGAAUUUCGCUCGAUUAACUUCAGUUACCCGACGUACAAUCGGCGCAUGCUCGGGGACACGACGCCGCCUCACUGGACAAAGAUAAUGUCCGGACAAGGCUCGAUGAAAUUCAUUAAUAACACUGUAUACGGAACAGAUGGUAUUGCUUUGGAGUAUCAGGGUGCCAACGAUCUGGUGGAGAAUAAUUUUUUUGAGUACAACGACUGGAGUGGAGCAAACAUGAACGGUGCUGGGGGAGGGGGAGGAACAGUGCUUUCCCAAAGUAUUGGCGACAACUUUAUCAGGAACACUCUGCGGAACAACGGCGCCAGCGUCGGAUAUCGCUCGGGAUAUAAAUCACAUGCUCAACUCAACGACAUCAGCCGAACCUGCUGGGGCAUGAUCCAACACGACGGCAGUGGGAUACAAGUUCAGGUGAAACGUCAAACAGAUGUGCUGUUAGAGCAAAACUGGAUUUACGAUAGUCCCAAAUAUGGACUUCGCUUUGACGGGGCUCCUCCCAACAUUGGGAGAAACGGUACCAUGAGGAGAAACGUCAUUAGGAAGACAAACGGGAUGAUGGUCAAGGGAGACAACCACAUUGUGGACCACAACUUGAUCUUUCACAAAUUCACGAAGGGAGGCGACCAUGAUGGACAAGGAAGCAAAUGCAACCUCUGUGUGCUUUGGUAUGUCAGAGAAAACCCAGUGUCAAUCAAUCAUAAUACUUCAGUCGAGUACAACGCGGCAGACAUCGCAAAUGGCGGCGUACACAACAAAAAAUUGUUCUCCAUGAGCGGUGAACUCAAAGAUAACAUCAUUGGCGACGUGCGAACUGAACUAAUGGACCCAGACAAUAUGGAUUUCCGACCUCGACCAGAGUCUGCCUACAUCCAAAACAAUGUGGGUCCCUACAGCUUCGAGGAGACGAAGAGAAAGUACUGGAUUCCUGGACGGCAGCUGUACAAAGCUAGCAACCCAGUCCCUCCCGAUGGCUCCAAUACUGUAAAGGCGGACAAACGCGACGUGUUGAUGUGGCUGAAUGGCUUCCAAGCCACCACCCAUUUUGUUUACCUUGGAACCUCGUCUGAUAACUUAAAGCGACAGGGCGUUGCAAGAAAUGGAGACAACGUCGUGAAAAUCCGGAAAGAGCUUAAUGGCGGCGUGAAGUACUACUGGCGGGUAGAUGCCAAGUUGAACGCAAAGGUCACCCAUGAGGGCGACUUGUGGUCCUUUACAACGAUAGAGUAAACAGAGGAAGAGAAGGUAGCAAUCAAUGAUGCACUUAGCGACAAGCAAAGGAAAAUGUAAGAAUCGUUUAACAAGUGAAAAAGCAAAAAAAAUGUGAGAGAAAAUAAACAGCAGUUUAUCAUCAUUCGUGGUUCACAGUGUGGUGCUAGCAACCAAAAACAAGUACCAAAUAGUAUUAUAACAUAAUCAAAGUAAAGCGCGCGUUCUGAUUGGUCAAGUUCCAAAUAGUACUAUAACAUAACCAAAGUAAAGCGCGCGCCCUGAUUGGUCAAGCUCAAAAUAGUAUUAUAACAACCAAAGUAAAGCGCACGCUCUGAUUGGUCAAGUUCCAAAAAUAGUAAUCUAGAGGACUGCCAGCUAUAAUAAAAACAAAUAAAAAAAUUAGGGAACAGAUAACGGAAGGAUCCUUUCCGAAUUGCGUCUUUCUCGUUUUAUCUAUCACGCGUGCAUGGCCUUCGUCUUUUCAGCGCUAAUCUGAAGUGGGACCAUGCAAUAAAAGUUCCGUUUAUGUUAAUAUUCUUCUGCUGGCGCCCUCCUCAAAAACAUUCCCAAUCUUCCAAUCUCUUAAUAUUCCAACUUCCUCUUCUGACUGAUGUACACUUUCUUGCAAAUUUGUGAAGAGAAUUAAAGAGCUGUGCCGAGAUGCCUCUCACUGACAAACUAACUAAUAUCACUAGAGGAAGGCUGUCAAUCACAUUCUUCGCCACCACAGCAGAACACAACUGAAGACACUGUGCAGGUUACAUUACUUCAUUGAAAUGUCUACUCAGCGCACCAUAGAACAUAUUUAACAAAUGUGACCGGGCACAGGAUUUCGUACACUAACGCUUUUCCGUUAAACGGGUAAAAAUAAACGGUUUGUAAACGGAUAGUAAACGGGUAGUAAGAGCGUUUAAACGGUUUGCAUGUCCGUUUAAACGAAUAGUCCAAAGCGUUAAACGGUAGAGCAAAGUCCAAAAACGGAUUCCGUAAACCGUUAAACGGCCGAGAAAAAAAAUAAACGGAUGGCUUAAAACGUUAAACGGUUGAACAGCAUCUAUAAAUAUUAUUUUUAUGGAUAGCUCAAAAUGUUAAACGGAUGGACAAAAACCUUGAACGAAUGAGGAGGGCUAAAGAACGGCGGAAAGUCAUGCACAUAUCGAUCAGAAACCGUUGCGAACAAUUAUACGAAUUGUUCAUGCGGAACACUGACGUUUCAUACUAAUAAUAUUCGACCGACAACGAUAGAAAACUACGGUAAGUAAAAUGAAAUUACUAGCCUGCAAUUAAGCUAUCCACUGGCGAGUGAAGCGAGCCGAGAGCGAGUCUCGCCCUGGAGAGCUCGCAAUGCGUUUGAAAAUUUGUAUGAGCAGAGGAAGCAAUCUGUCAAUCAUACCAUGUGGACUGAACAUUCUCGAUAGAAAGAAAAUAGAGUUGAGAAGCAAAGUCGUUUUUUUUUUCAUGUUCCUACAUUGUUUCUUCUACGUAUUGACUGAAAUGAAAACGCACUAUCAAGUGAAAACGUUAAGAAAUGCCGCUGAUUUUGUAGAUUUCACCGUCGGUUAAUCGAAACAAUUUUGCAUACGCAUGUAACAAAACUCAACUUUCUUUCGCUCGUGUUUCAUCUUGCAUUCGAUUUCGUAAAGUAAUGUGUAAUUACAGCUUUUAUAAAGCAAUUUCCGUUUCCUUUCAAUCGACGGAAAUAAAAGAUGAGAAACUCGAUAGCCACGGAUUUUGUAAAUUUUGCCGUACACGUCAAUCGAAAUAAAUUUGCAUAAUCAUGAAAACAAAUCUCGCUCUCCUCGUUAAACGGAUGCAAGUAACCGUUAAACGGAUGUAU